AUGGCGGUGGUGAUGAAAAACAUCGACAUUCAGCUAGACAAGGCCUCCAUUAUAGCAUUGAUCAUGGAGACCUUCAAUAUCGGAAUAUUUACCACUUUGUUUGGGGUCACUCUGUGGUUGCUUUUUAGAAAGCAGAUCAACACGUCGAACGAGCUGUUGCUCCCAACACUUUGUCUCAUCUGGAUACUUUCAGUUGCACACUGGGGUAUCGACAUCGCCCGAGUUAUCGUUGCCUUCUUCAUGUACCGCGAGGGUCCCAUAGCGUACUACGAAGACGUGUCCAGUCCUCUUGAAGCUGCCAAGACCGCGGUCUACAUCAGUCUCACACUCACGGGAGACUUUUUCCUAAUAUACCGCUGUUACAUUGUGGGGGAUCGUCGAAUAGUUUUCGUCAUCUUGCCAAUCCUUUGCUGGAUGGGGGCAGGAGUCGGUGGCUAUGGCUCAGUGUGGGCCGAAAAUCGCUUUGGCACUGGAGGAAUAUUUUUCCAGGGGCUCUCUCCGUGGAUAAGUGGCUUUUUUGCUUCUUCGCUUGCUGCGAACCUCUAUUGCACUGGAUUUAUCGCAUUCCGGGUCCUGCGCGCGCAAGUGAGGUCGCGACCACCAGAUAUCAUAUUGUCCCAAAAAAGUCGCGUCUAUUCGGCAUUGAUCACUUUCCUGGAAUCUGCAGCAACUUAUUCGACGGCUUUCUUUGUUCUGUUUGUCGUAUAUGAGCUCGGAUUGAAUACCCAGUUCAUCCUCCUGGAUUUGACGAGUUCACUCAUUGGAAUAACGUUUACCAUGAUCCUGCUUCGAGUCGCCAUGCAGAGUGAUGCUAUUCUUCUGAGAGACGACUAUUCUCCCACGGAGUCUCAGGGGGGUCGCCGUCGGUUCAGCGCGUUUAGCAGAGGCCCACUGGCGCUUCCACUAUCGCCAACCAGUCCCUAUAGCACGCGCUUUCCGACGUCUGGCGUCAGCGUUUCGAGAUUUGUAGAGGUGUCUGGUAGCGAAGAUAGAGACUACGAGAGGGAGCCUAGGCCACAGUCCACGGCUGACUCAGCGAAGUCUGAUGGCGGCUUCGCCCUUUAG